UAUUGCCAUUAAAUUUUAGUCUAUAUAUACCGAGGAGCACAUUCAUGUGAAUCUCACCAUUUUUCUCUCCGUCUCCGACUUUCAAGCUCUGUCUUUCUCUGUGAAAAACUAAAAAGCUCAGCCUCAAUCCACAAGGCUAUCACACCAACAAGAAACGAGGAAGAAAGCAUAGCAACGCAAACCACUAUUUGUUGUUGCUCUUGUUUUCUUUGAUUCUUCUGUUUUUGUUAUUGUUGUUUUCAGAUUCAAAAUACUGCUAGAUAAUGGCAAAGAAUGUUGGAAUCCUGGCUAUUGACAUCUACUUCCCUCCCGCGUGUGUUCAACAGGUAGCUUUGGAGUCUUAUGAUGGAGCAAGUAAAGGAAAGUACACCAUCGGACUUGGACAAGAUUGCAUGGCAUUUUGCACAGAAGUGGAAGAUGUCAUCUCAAUGAGCUUGACAGUCAUCACUUCCCUCCUUGAGAAGUAUAAGAUUGAUCCAAAACAAAUUGGUCGCCUUGAAGUAGGAAGUGAAACUGUGAUAGACAAGAGUAAAUCCAUCAAGACCUUCCUGAUGCAAAUUUUUGAGAAAUGUGGAAAUACUGACAUUGAGGGCGUUGACUCAACCAAUGCAUGCUAUGGAGGAACUGCAGCCUUAUUUAAUUGUGUAAACUGGGUGGAGAGUAGUUCAUGGGACGGACGCUAUGGGCUUGUUGUGUGUACUGACAGUGCGGUUUAUGCAGAAGGACCUGCCAGACCCACCGGAGGAGCAGGUGCUAUUGCCCUGCUAGUAGGACCUGAUGCUCCUAUUACUUUUGAAAGCAAAUUUAGGGGGAGUCAUAUGACUCAUGCCUAUGAUUUCUAUAAGCCAAACCUUGCUAGUGAAUACCCGGUUGUUGAUGGGAAACUUUCUCAGACUUGCUAUCUCAUGGCUCUUGAUUCUUGUUAUAAGUAUUUAUGCAGCAAGUAUGAAAAGUCAGAGGGCAAACAAUUUUCUAUUUCUGAUGCUGACUAUUUUUUGUUCCAUUCUCCAUAUAACAAGCUUGUACAAAAAAGCUUUGCUCGUUUGUUAUACAAUGACUUCUUGAGGAAUGCCAGUUCUGUUGAUGAGGCUGCUAAAGAAAAGCUAGGACCCUUUUCAACUUUAUCUAGUGAUGAUAGCUACCAAAGCCGGGAUCUUGAAAAGGUAUCCCAGCAAGCUGCAAAGCCCCUUUAUGAUGCAAAGGUUCAGCCAACCACCUUAAUACCAAAGCAAAUUGGUAACACAUACACAGCAUCUCUAUAUUCAGCAUUGGCUUCCCUUAUUAACAGCAAACACACUGAACUGGCUGGCAAACGGGUGAUAUUGUUUUCCUAUGGUAGCGGUUUAACUGCAACAAUGUUCUCUUUGAAACUCAAUGAAGGUCAAAAACCCUUUAGCUUGUCAAACAUUUCAUCUGUGAUGAAUGUUGAAGCAAAGUUGAAGUCAAGGACUGAGUUUCCUCCUGAGAAAUUUGUCGAAGUAUUGAAGCUGAAUGAGCAUAGGUAUGGAGCAAAGGACUUUGUGACGAGCAAAGACAUCAGUCUUUUGGCUCCGGGAACAUAUUAUCUUACUGAAGUCGAUUCAAUGUACCGGAGAUUCUAUGCCCAGAAGGAUGGUGAGAAAACCAACUGCGAGAAUGGCUCAGUUACAAAUGGCUACUAACACAGUGAGGCAGCUGUUUGUGCAUGUAUGUCUUGUUAGAUGUAGUGGCUCACUGAAUGAUGUUACCGUUAAUUAAAACUAUCCCAGAUUCCUCAAGUUUGUGAUGCUAAAGCAAGUGUAGUCUGUUCAUCAGCUGGAAUUUUUUUCUUUUUAAUAAAAAGCUUCUCUGUUUUUAAAUAAA